AGUUCACCUUCUAUUUCCUGCCGAUCGCUCGAUCGCCCCCCUUUGGUAGAAAAAAAGUCGCACAGAAUAGCGCAGCCGCAUUUGACUUUCCGCGCUCGAGCUCUUACACGAAUCACUAAUCAUCGACCAUGCAUGAACUCCACGUCACAGAGAAAGUAAAUCCAGUCGCAACUCUUUGUGAUCUCAAGAAGGAUCUGCAGUUGAGCAUUCAGCUGAAUCGUUGGAUACUAAAGCCGCUCGGUGCCUGGCCGAAAUCAAACCAAAUUUCAAGUAUAGAGAGGUACGCGUAUGCGCUGAUCAACGUCAUUUGCACCAGUCUAAUCGGCUUCCUCUUCGUACCCUCUGCUAUCUACUUGGUGCUUGAAAUGGACGAUGCGUACAAUAUCUUGAAACUUACCGGACCGCUGAAUUUCUGCCUAAUGGCCGUCGUUAAAUACUCAUCACUGAUCUUCCGCGAGGACGACAUUCGCAGCGGUAUCGAGCAUAUCGCGAGCGACUGGACGAACACUCAGCAUUACGAUGAUCGGAUCAUCAUGAUCAGGAACGCGAAAUUCGGUCGGCGUCUCGUGACGAUCUGCGCGUUCUUCAUGUAUGGCGGUGCCACGUUCUAUUAUCUCGCUCUACCGUUCAAUAACGGCAAGAUCACGGAGGACGGUGGAAACUUGACGUAUCGGCCACUAAUGUACCCAGUCGCCAGGGUGAUAGUUGACGCGAGACACAGUCCCAUCAGUGAGAUUUUCUUCUGGACACAGUGCCUGUCGGGUUUCAUUGUGCAUUCCAUUACUACCGGUGCAUGUAGCUUAGCCGCUGUUUUCGCGAUGCACGCUUACGGCCGCUUGGAAGUCCUGAUGCAAUGGAUCGAACACUUGGUGGACGGACGGGAAGAUUUCUGCAACAACAUAGAUGAAAGAUUGAAGAUGAUCGUGCAGCAACACGUUCGAGUUUUACAUUUUAUAUCGUUAACGGACAAAAUACUGCGUGAAAUAUCUGUCGUGGAAAUUGUAGGCUGUACACUAAGCAUGUGUUUGCUUGGAUAUUAUCUUAUCAUGGUAUGCAUAUUGUACGAAAAGUACGUACCACGCAGAGAGCAUUGCUAUUGUAAAACGAUAUCGGAGAUUGCCGCUCGCGGUUUACAAGUACAAUGUGAUCUCGACUAUAUGAAUCUUUACGUUCCAGGAGUGGGAGAGCAAAGAAAUGACAAGUUAUGUAACAUACAUUGUUUUAUAUAUAUCCCUUACGUUCAAUAUUUUUAUACUUUGUUAUAUCGGCGAGCUCGUUGGCGAGAAGUGCAAGGAGAUCGGCGAGGUAUCAUACAUGAUCGACUGGCAUCGUUUAUCAGGAAGAAAGGGUCUCAACCUCAUAUUAAUGAUUGCUAUGUCCAAUACGUCGAUCAAACUUACCGCCGGGAACCUCUUUGAGUUAUCUCUCAGUACCUUUGGAGACGUGGUUAGGACAUCAGUUGCCUACUUGAACAUGCUGCGUACAUUAACUACAUAAAAUUUGUCCAAAAAUUAUUAGUAUGACCAC